UCUGCUUUGGGUCCGCCUUCACUCCAGCUGAUCGGCCUCGAUCACCCGGUGUGGUCCGUCGGACUUUCCGCGGCCGUUAUUUAUAAAUGAUCAAUUAAAAACUGUAUGGUUGACAGCGGCCGCUCGUGUCGGGAAAGCACUCUAUGUUCGUUGACAUUUUCAUCCGGAUAUUUUUAUUUUAUUUUUUACUGUUAUUUCUUUAGUUCGUGUCUUGGAAUCUCUCUACGGUACCAUAACUAGGCCGCAACCCAAUCCCCGGUGUCACCUACGUGCAUUUAACGUUAACUAGUCAUCGACUUCCGACAACCAUGGGGGACACAGGCAGUGAACGAAGCAAGCCGCCACCACGCUGUUCCUGUGGAUUUUGGGGGUCCAGCAAAACCAUGAACCUUUGUUCCAAAUGUUUUACGGACAUUGAGAAGAAGCAGCCAGGCGAGGACUGUGCCCCAGAGCCUGCCCCCAGCUCAAGCAGCACAAGCAACAGCCAGUCAGUCAUCUUCUAUAGCGAAUCAAGCAGCAGCAGUAGCCAAUCCCUUUCGUCAGCGCCUGUCAGCUCAGAGGACCUGUUGCCCAGAGACACAGAAGCCACGCCUCUACCUGAACAAGAUGAAGUCUCCAGCACAGACACAGCCCACGGCAUACUAGUAUCCACCCCCACAAAACGGCCCUGCAACUCAGCCUCUGAGUCAGAGAGUGACGCAUCCCCAGAGAAGAGCGCACGGGUGGGCUCCGGGUCUAAGGAGUCGUCAUCUACCAAUGGGGGUCCCAAGCAGAAGGGAAGCCGGCGCUGCCACCGAUGCCAUACCAAACUGGAGCUGGUACAGCAAGAACUCGGCUCCUGCCGUUGUGGCUAUGUGUUCUGCAUGCUCCACCGGCUGCCUGAGCAGCACGCCUGCCUCUUCGACCACCUGGGGCGCGGGCGGGAAGAAGCCGUCCUCAAGAUGGUCAAGCUGGAUCGCAAGGUGGGCCGCUCAUGCCAGCGCAUCGGUGAGGAGUGCACCUGAACCCAUCCCCAACGAUGAGAGUGAGGAAGAGGAAAGAGACUGCGUCCUAAAUCAUUCAUCUUUAUCCAGAAAUGUGCACUUGUACAGACCCCGUCAUGGAUUUCUUAAAAGUAUAGGAUUGGUGUAAAGCAUUGAUUGCGUUGUUAAAUCAAUGUGAGAAAGUGUGUCAGUGGAGACUUCGGGGAAAGGGUGGCAAAUGGGGACGGAGACAAAUGCUCACUUUAUACUCACUCUUGUCCCCACUGCCACUUUUUGUUGUGACAAUGCUCUUACCUCAAAUAAGCAGACAAAGCACUUCUAGUUUUCGCGCCCUGACAAGGGACUGCUAAAGCCACCUAUCUGUGACUUCCCUGUCUGCCAACCUCAUAAUAAAGACCAGAGCCCCCUCAUGUCAUCACUAUGACAGAGUGAGAUGAAGUUAUCCCCUAAAGACUGAUCUAAGGUCAGUUUUUAGUUCAGGUCAACCCACUGAUUUAAGGGUAUGAUGCAAGGGAGGUUAAGCGGAUCUUAGAUCUGUACCUAAGGAGCACCUACCACCCCAAGACAUCCCUUGAAUCCCUCUCCCUCCACUGUUUUGUGAUUUUGACUUAUGACUUUUGAGCGUGUCACACCCACCACUGCUUCUCAGCCUUAACCCCUCCCAUCUCCAGAUCAGGGACAUCCCUGUUCAGAAAAAAAUUAAAGCUAUCUGCUGCUUAUUGCAACUGCCCUUAUCAUCAUCACCACCUCAGGUUGUGGGAGAAUCCAAUGAGAGGGGUUUACAGGGGGAGAGGCAGGGGGGUUGGACUAUUGCAACUCCCUUCCCCUUACCCCCUCCCUUUCUGACCUGCCUGCUGCUGUUGACACAGCAGCCAUUUUCUGUAUCUUGGGAGCGAGAACUUCCUUUCUAGACAACAGGCACCGAUCGUCCCCUAGUUAGUGGGGUUGGAUUAAAAAUGUCUGUCUGUCAGGGAUUUAAUCCAUUGCCCCGAGUGAGUUUCAGUCGCUAUGGAGAUGGAAAACACACCCCUUGAGAUUUCCUUUGGCCAUGAUGUUCAUGCUACUACGGGUGCUGGCCAAGGAUAAACUUCUAAGAUGGACACAAAAGCAAAGAGCUGUCACGAGACCUCUAUAUGUGCCUCUAUUGGAAUCUGGUUCCCCUGCACACAUGCACACAUACAUACACAAACACUCUUACAUACAGUUCAGCCCACAUGCGCAGAGCACAAGGACAGCUAAGCAAAAUCAAGUGGUACACAUUGGACUGUGCUGAAUUUGUGGAGAACCUUUUGACAAAGUUCUUCAGUGGGACGCUCAUGGUUGUUCAGGUUUUACUCGAUAUAACCCAUAAUAUCUUAGCCAUGGACUUAAUUCCCCAUUAGCCCCCACUGUUUGAAAUGUUUCUGCGACGCCUCUGUCUCUCGAUGCCAUCCCCGACCCCUCGGUGGGAUUCUAACUCCCUCUUUCUUUCACAGAUUCUCUUCUUUCUGCCCUUGCCCGUCGCACACCACUGUCUUUCUCCUUUCACUCUCUCCAUUCCAUUUCCAGACAGCAUGUCUUGCUCUCACCCACCUUACUCUCCAUUAAUCCUUCCCUCUUUCAUUCUCAUUUCUCCACAGUAUUGAUUUUCUCACUUGCUUGCUCUCUCACGCGCACACGCACACACACACCUCUUCUUGCCAAAGAGCGAACACUGAGUGAGAGGUUGGGGCCUGGCCAUAGGUGGGGCUGUGGGGCUACAAGCAGAGCGGGGAGGAAAAAUGUAAUAGAAAUUGAAUUGUCGUAAAAUAAUAUUGUGUAUCUGAAAGAAAAACCCUUAUUUAACCCUCUUUGUUUUUUUAAAUGUUAUUUUACUUACACAUUAGCAUAGUGCUGCAUUUUUUGUUUGACAUUUUAUGAAAAAAUGGAUAAGAGAAUUCUGUAGCCUUCGUUUUCUUUUGUUCCCUUUUGUUGCUAAAAAAUAAAGUAAUAAACUGGA